AUGCAUACUUACUUUCCCGGAAAACAAUCAUUCCUUAACAAGGCAGUACACUUGGUUGGCCAAGAAUUUCAGCAGCGUAGGUCAAGUGUAGUUUGCUUUAAGCCCAGCGGCUUAUUGGGAAGAGAUAUAUGUUUGUUCUCCUCCGUUGUCAAACGAAGUGUUUACAUGACAAAUUGUAAGGCUUUCACAUACAACACAUUGGAUGUGACAUUUCACUGCAUCAAUAACCUCCGAUGCAUGCAAACCGGUAGUCACGACGCAGAAUUGCUUUAG